AUGUGGGUUUUUGGUAACGGAAUUGCAAGGCACAAGGCGAUGUUUCUUAAAUUUACAGAACGCAAAUAAUUUAUCCAAAACUCAAUAUAAGUGUUGAUAUUAGUCGCCAGGGGUCUUUACUUCAACAUUAUUGUGUUUUGAUGUAUUUCUAAUUUUAAGACUUUAUCUGGUAGAUGUUGUCUAAGACCCCCUUUCCAUCUGUUUAUCCAGAAAUCAAAGCCUUUGCUUAUCCAAAUUUUUUGGAUGGUAAAUGGUUGGAAAAUGUAUAUAUGCCUUAAUUUCUCAAAACUAUAGACUCUUAGCUUUCAGUUGACACCCAAUUUGACAUGCUCCUAUGAACUUCACGUUGAUGCUCAUGGGUCCUUUUAGAUGGAAAUGCCCUAUGGUCAUGCUAGGAAGUUAGCAUGAAAACUGGCUCCUAACAUACCGUUGAAGUCGGAAGUUUACAUACACUUAGGUUGGAGUCAUUAAAACUCGUUUUUCAACCACUCCACAAAUUUCUUGUUAACAAACUAUAGUUUUGGCAAGUCGGUUAGGACAUCUACUUUGUGCAUGACACAAGUCAUUUUUCCAACAAUUGUUUACAGACAGAUUUCACUUAUAAUUCACUGUAUCACAAUUCCAGUGGGUCAGAAGUUUACAUACACUAAGUUGACUGUGCCUUUAAACAGCUUGGAAAAUUCCAGAAAAUGAUGUCAUGGCUUUAGAAGCUUCUGAUAGGCUAAUUGACAUAAUUUGAGUCAAUUGGAGGUGUACCUGUGGAUGUAUUUCAAGGCCUACCUUCAAACUCAGUGCCUCUUUGCUUGACAUCAUGGUAAAAUCAAAAGAAAUCAGCCAAGACCUCAGAAAAGAAAUUGUAGACCUCCACAGGUUUGGUUCAUCCUUGGGAGCAAUUUCCAAACGCCUGAAGGUACCAUGUUCAUCUGUACAAACAAUAGUACGCAAGUAUAAACACCAUGGGACCGCGCAGCCGUCAUACCGCUCAGAAAGGAGACGCGUUCUGUCUUCUAGAGAUGAACGUACUUUGGUGUGAAAAGUGCAAAACAAUCCCAGAACAACAGCAAAGGACCUUGUGAAGAUGCUGGAGGAAACAGGUACAAAAGUAUCUUUAUCCACAGUAAAACGAGUCCUUAUAUCGACAUAACCUGAAAGUCCGCUCAGCAAGGAAGAAGCCACUGCUCCAAAACCGCCAUAAAAAAGCCAGACUACGGUUUGCAACUGCACAUGGGGACAAAGAUCGUACAUUUUGGAGAAAUGUCCUCUGGUCUGAUUAAACAAAAAUAGAACUGUUUGGCCAUAAUGACCAUCAUUAUGUUUGGAGGAAAAGGGGGGAAACUUGCAAGCCAAAGAACACCAUCCCAACCGUGAAGCACAGGGGUGGCAGCAUCAUGCUGUGGGGGUGCUUUGCUGCAGGAGGGACUGGUGCACUUCACAAAAUAGAUGGCAUCAUGAGGAAGGAAAAGUAUGUGGAUAUAUUGAAGCAACAUCUCAAGACAUCAGUCAGGAAGUUAAUGCUUGGUCGCAAAUGGGUCUUCCAAAUGGACAAUGAUCCCAAGCAUACUUCCAAAGUUGUGGCAAAAUGGCUGAAGGACAACAAAGUCAAGGUAUUGGAGUGGACAUCACAAAGCCCUGACCUCAAUCCUAUAGAACAUUUGUGGGCAGAACUGAAAAAGCGUGUGCGAGCAAGGAGGCCUACAAACCUGACUCAGUUACACCAGCUCUGUCAGAUGAAAGGGCCAAAAUUCACCCAACUUAUUGUGGGAAGCUUGUGGAAGGCUACCCGAAACGUUUGACCCAAGUUAAACAAUUUAAAGGCAAUGCUACCAAAUACUAAUUGAGUGUGUGUAAACUUCUGACCCACUGGGAAUGCAAUGAAAUAAAUAAAAGCUUAAAUAAAUCACUCUCUAAUAUUAUUCUGACAUUUCACAUUCUUAAAAUAAAGUGGUGAUCCUAACUGACCUAAGACAGGGAAUUUUUACUAGGAUUAAAUGUCAGGAAUUGUGAAAAACUGAGUUUAAAUGUAUUUGGCUAAGGUGUAUGUAAACAUCCGACUUCAACUGUAAGUCACCUCUUUGUUUGUGUUUGUUAGUGUGUGCUGCUGACAGAGGCCCCUCUCUGUGUGUGUUUUCUGGCUGCUUUAGGUAAAUAAUGUGGAGGACGGACAAAGUACCCAGAGUGCACCUACCGUGGUGCUGUCGGAGAAGGCCGUCCCCCUCAAUGCCUCUGCCAAUAGUGUCAUCUCCUACCCGACCAUGGCCGAUAGCAGUGUAUACACUGGAGACACCUACAACAAUGUGUGAGUAAACAGAAAAACAACAUCACCUCAGCCCUGUUCGAAUGCAUCUUUCCUUUCUCACUUCCUUGGUUAUAUCCUCCCUUUCCUUGAACAUACUCAGAGAAAGUAUAACUAAGUCUUGUGCAACCCUAUACAAAUAAGAGAAAGCACUGUACUUCAGCUGGUAGGCUCUGUGUAACUGUGAAAGUGUCUUGUGGUCCUCUGUAGCUCAAUUGGUAGAGCACGGCGCUUGUAACGCCAAGGUAGUGGGUUUGAUCCCCGGGACCACCCAUACACAAAAAAACAAAAAAACAAAACAAUGUAUGCACGCAUGACUGUAAGUCGCUUUGGAUAAAAGCGUCUGCUAAAUGGCAUAUUAAAGUGAAAUGAUGUCUGUUUGAAUGGGUUUACAGUAACAUGCACCCAUCCUUCCUUCUUAAUCACUGAUCUGACACAAUAGGGAUGGGUGUAAGACAGCCUUCCAGUACAGUAAGUAGCUUUCACCUAUCCAGCGGUGAUGUCAGAUCAUUGAUAACUUUGAGGAAGUAAAGAAGGAUGCAUGUUAAAUGUUUAUGGUCAGUGCUUGGCCUUAUUUGCAAAGGGGUUGCACAAGACAGUAAGCAAUAUCUCAAUCAGGCCAUAUGUCAAACAUAACCUACUUCAUGAAGUCCAAUGUCUGGGACAGAAGAGUAUAGCGACCGGCCGCCCUGAAAGGUAUCAAGGAAAGGCAACACACAUAUCUAUAAACCGGUUAUUCAGAGUUGAGGCUUUUAAAUAGUUAAUCAACAUUUGAGACAAUAACAUUGGAUGCAUCCUUAUUAAUGUUUUAAACAAAUCACUUAGACUGUAUGAGCAACAUUUUAGGUCUCACCAUAUAACAUUGCAACCCUUAUUGAUGAGAGACCUGAGCCCUAGGACCAUACGUCGGGACUACCGGCCGUGGUGACUCCUUGCUGUCCCCAGUCCGCCUGGCCUUGCUGCUAUUCCAGUUUAAACUGUUCUGCCUGCGGUUAUGGAACCCCUACCUGUCCCAGACCUGCUGUUUUAAACUCUAAUGAUCGGCUAUGAAAAGCCAACUGAGAUUUAUUCCUGAUUAUUAUUUGACCAUGCUUGUCACUUAUGAACAUUUUUGAACAUCUUGGCAUGGUUCUGUUAUAAUCUCCACCCGGCACAGCCAGAAGAGGACUGGCCACCCCUCAUAGCCUGGUUCCUCUCUAGGUUUCUUCCUAGGUUUUGCCUUUCUAGGGAGUUUUUCCUAGCCACCGUGCUUCUACACCUGCAUUACUAGCUGUUUGGGGUUUUAGGCUGGGUUUCUGUACAGCACUUCGAGAUAUUAGCUGAUGUAAGAAGGGCUAUAUAAAAUAAAAUUGAUUGAUUGAUUGAUUGAUGCUUUGUAUGCAAUGCUCAUAAAACACAUAAAAGUCCUGCUUUAUAAAACAGAGGAAUGCUAGCCUCAAGACUUCCCUUGUUGACAUAAUCUGAUAGUUUAUGUCAUAUAGUGUUUUUGCUGUAAUACCAUAGCCACGAGUCACUGUUUGGCUCCCUUCCACAGAGUCUUGAGAUGAAACCUUAAAUCUCUGCUAACUCAACAGUGAACUUGUGUACCCCUCCUUUUAUUAAAGGCCAGUGCAUUCAAAAAAGGGAUUUUCCUGUGUUUUAUACAGUGCAUUUGGAUAAGUUUUCAGACACCUUCCCUUUUUCCACAUGUUGUUAAGUUACAGCCUUAUUCUAAAAUGAAUUAACUAAAAAAAUCCUCAUUGAUCUACACAUAAUACCCCAUAAUGACAAAGCGAAAACAGGUUUUUAGAAACGUUUGCUAAUUUAUUAAACAUAAAAAAUAGAAAUAUACAUUAUUUACAUAAGUAUUCAGACCCUUUGCUAUGAGACUGGAAAUUGAGCUCAGGUGCAUCCUGUUUCCAUUGAUCAUCCUUGAGAUGUUUCUACAACUUGAUUGGAGUCCACUGGUGGUAAAUUCAAUUGAUUGGACAUGAUUUGGAAAGGCACACACCAGUCUAUAUAAGGUCCCACAGUUGACAGUGCAUGUCAGAGCAAAAACCAAGCCAUGAGGUCGAAGGAAUUGUCCAUAGAGCUCCGAGAGAGGAUUGUGUCGAGGCACAGAUCUGGGAAAGGGUACGAAAAACAUUCUGCAGCAUUGAAGGUCUCCAAUAACACAGUGGCCUCCAUCAUUCUUAAAUGGAAGAAGUUUGGAACCACCAAGACUCUUCCUAGAGCUGGCCGCCCGGUCAAACUGAGCAAUCGGGGGAGAAGGGCCUUGGUCAGGGAGGUGACCAAGAGCCAGAUGAUCACUCUGACAGAGCUCCAGAGUUCCUCUGUGGAAAUGGGAGAACCUUCCAGACAGACAACCAUCUCUGCAGCACUCCACCAAUUAGGCCUUUAUGGUAGAGUGGCCAGAUGGAAGCCACUCCUCAGUAAAAGGCACCUAAAGGACUUUGCCAAAAGGCACCUAAAGGACUCUCAGACCAUGAGAAACAAGAUUAUCUGGUCUGAUGAAAACAAGAUUGAACUCUUUGGCCUGAAUGCCAAGCGUCACGUCUGGAGGAAACCUGGCACCAUCCCUACAGUGAAGCAUGGUGGUGGCAGCAUCAUGCUGUGGGGACUGGGAGACUAGUCAGGAUCGAGGGAAGGAUGAACGGAGCAAAGUACAGAGAGAUCCUUGAUGAAAACCUGCUCCAGAGCGCUCAGGAUCUCAGACUGGGGUGAAGGUUCACCUUCCAACAGGACAAUGACCCUAUGCACACAGCCAAGACAACGCAGGAGUGGCUUCGGGACAAGUCUCUGAAUGUCCUUGAGUAGCCCAGCCAGAGCCCGAUCGAACAUCUCUGGAGAGACCUGAAAAUAGCUGUGCAGCGACACUCUCUAUCCAACCUGACAGAGUUUGUGAAAAUCUGCAGAGAAGAAUGGGAAAAACUCCCUAAAUACAGGUGUGCCAAGCUUGUAGCGUCAUACCCAACAAGUCUCGAGGCUGUAAUCACUGCCAAAGGUGCUUCAACAAAGUACUGAGUGAAGGGUCUGAAUACUUAUGUAGAUGUGAUAUUUCAGCUUUUUUUUAUAUACAUUUGCAAACAUUUCUAAACCUAUUUUUGCUUUGUCAUUAUGUGGUAUUGUGUGUAGAUUGAUGAGGGAAAGAAAAAAACAAUGUAAUACAUUUUAGAAUAAGGCCAUAACGUAACAAAAUGUGGAAAAAGUCUGAAUACUUUCCAAAUGCACUGUAUAUGUUUCCACACUAUGAGGUGCAAAGUAAUUCAAAGCCAUUUGGAAACAUUGCAAACAGGAAGUUGGAUGCUUAGUUAAAACAACUUCGAACCUCUUUGUCCGUCUGAGGGUAAGUGUUCUUGUUUCAAACACACACUAUACAUCUUUAAAGGGAUAGUUUACUCAGAAUACAAAUUAACAGGAUUGUCCACCUACCUGUAGUUGAUUCAAGAAUGCAGUUUUGGGAUAUUUGGUUUCCUUUCGACACUUAAUAGCCAUAUUUUGUUACUGUUAGCAUUCUCAGUAACACUUAACACUACACUGUUCUUGUGCCUGUGAAAUAAAACUGUAAUUACUUUUGGAGCAACAUUUUAUUAGCAUGUUGCUACGUAAUACUUUGUUAAAUGCAUUUUAAUUGAAUAGCAAGAAUUUUUGUAACUACUGUACACGAGUAUAGUGACUUAUGUAAGGACUCCAUUAUUAUGCAAUUACAAUGCAAUUUCCAAAGUCCUAAGAAACAACAAUGUUGCUAUUCUAAUAAUUACAAAGUUACUACAGAUGUAUACGAACUUGUAGUCAUGUGCUACUGUAUUACAUUAUGUCAAAAAACAAUUUAAAAAAAGUAUAUUUGUUAGUCUUUUUGAAGCUGCAAAAGUGGUCUACUCAUGUAUUUAAUUCUAGGCUGUAUGCUAUAUUAAGAUUCAUAUCUAAAAGCCCUCCAGACCAUGUGCUUAUGAUCAUAUACAGUUGAAGUCGGAAGUUUACAUACACCUUAGCCAAAUACAUUUCAACAUUUAAUCCUAGUAAAAAUUCCCUGUCUUAGGUCAGUUAGGAUCACCACUUUAUUUUAAGAAUGUGAAAUGUCAGAAUAAUAUUAGAGAGUGAUUUAUUUCAGCUUUUAUUUAUUUCAUUGCAUUUCAUUGCAUUCCCAGUGGGUCAGAAGCUGACAAACACUCAAUUAGUAUUUGGUAGCAUUGCCUUUAAAUUGUUUAACUUGGGUCAAACGUUUCAGGUAGCCUUCCACAAGCUUCCCACAAUUAGUUGGGUGAAUUUUGGCCCAUUCCUCCUGACAGAGCUGGUGUAACUGAGUCAGGUUUGUAGGCCUCCUUGCUCGCACACGCUUUUUCAGUUCUGCCCACAAAUGUUCUAUAGGAUUGAGGUCAGGGCUUUGUGAUGGCCACUCCAAUACCUUGACUUUGUUGUCCUUCAGCCAUUUUGCCACAACUUUGGAAGUAUGCUUGGGAUCAUUGUCCAUUUGGAAGACCCAUUUGCGACCAAGCUUUAACUUCCUGACUGAUGUCUUGAGAUGUUGCUUCAAUAUAUCCACAUAAUUUUCCUUCCUCAUGAUGCCAUCUAUUUUGUGAAGUGCACCAGUCCCUCCUGCAGCAAAGCACCCCCACAGCAUGAUGCUGCCACCCCCGUGCUUCACGGUUGGGAUGGUGUUCUUUGGCUUGCAAGUUUCCCCCCUUUUCCUCCAAACAGAACGAUGGUCAUUAUGGCCAAACAGUUCUAUUUUUGUUUAAUCAGACCAGAGGACAUUUCUCCAAAACGUACGAUCUUUGUCCCCAUGUGCAGUUGCAAACCGUAGUCUGGCUUUUUUAUGGCGGUUUUGGAGCAGUGGCUUCUUCCUUGCUGAGCGGCCUUUCAGGUUAUGUCGAUAUAAGGACUCGUUUUACUGUGGAUAUAGAUACAUUUGUACAUGUUUCCUCCAGCAUCUUCACAAGGUCCUUUGCUGUUGUUCUGGGAUUGUUUUGCACUUUUCGCACCAAAGUACGUUCCUCUCUAGAAGACAGAACGCGUCUCCUUUCUGAGCGGUAUGACGGCUGCGCGGUCCCAUGGUGUUUAUACUUGCGUACUAUUGUUUGUACAGAUGAACGUGGUACAUCCACAGGUACAUUUCCAAUUGACUCAAAUUAUGUCAAUUAGCCUAUCAGAAGCUUCUAAAGCCAUGACAUAAUUUUCUCGAAUUUUCCAAGCUGUUUACAGGCACAGUCAACUUAGUGUAUGUAAACUUCUGACCCACUGGAAUUGUGAUACAGUGAAUUAUAAGUGAAAUAAUCUGUGUGUAAACAAUUGUUGGAAAAAUUACUUGUGUCAUGCACAAAGUAGAUGUCCUAACCAACUUGCCAAAACUAUAGUUUGUUAACAAGAAAUUUGUGGAGAGGUUGAAAAACGAGUUUUAAUGACUCCAACCUAAGUGUAUGUAAACUUCCGACUUCAACUGUAUUUAGACUAUAUAACUGUUUUUGGCAGCCGUCAAAUAUAUAUAUCAAUUUCGAUUCAGUCUUAUGUAGCAACAUUUUAAAUUGUUUUUGUUACAUUGGAUAAAAGUAGAGAAUCAGAGCUACAAAAUGGUUUAUUAUACACUGCAGUUGAGGGAAAGUAAUUCUGCUUUGAAAGUUGAUAAACUUGUAACCCCACUUUUGAGAAAAUGGCCCUUAAAGGUUUUGGUACACCUACUAGAAAGCUCUUCUUUGUCUACACCCAUUUAGCAUUGUUCACACCCUCUUAAGCCUUAGCCCCACCCAUAUCUUUAAGGAAUCACAUGUGAGGCCAUGUGCUAAACAGAGUGAGUAAUGUAGUGUAGUAAACAACCAAAGAUUUCAAGACCAAAAGUGGUGAAAGUAGUAGCCUACAAUAAAGGAAAACUCCCGGUAUAAAUACACUUAAUCUAGUCCUUGGCCUAUAUCCUAUUCUGAGUUUGGUGCAGUUUCCCAAACUCGGUCCUGGGGCCCCCCCUGGGUGCACGUUUUGUUUUUUGCCCUAGCACUACAUAGGUGAUUCAAAUAACCAACUCAUCAUCAAGCUUUGAUUAUUUUAAUCAGCUGUGUAGUACUAAGGCAAAAACCAAAACGUGCACCCAGGGAGGGCCCCAGGACCAAGUUUGGCUAGACCUAUUCACAUGAGUGGCGCAGUGGUCUAAGGCACUGCAUCGCAGUGCUAGCUGUGCCACUAGAGAUCCUGGGUUGAAUCCAGGCUCUGUCGUAGCCGGCCGCAACCGGGAAAUCCAUGGGGCGGCGCACAAUUGGCCCAGCGUCGUCCAGGGUAGGGGAGGAAAUGGCCGGCAGGGAUGUAGCUCAGUUGGUAGAGCAUGGUGUUUGCAACGCCAGGGUUGUGGGUUCGUUUCCCACGGGGGGCAGUAUGAAAAAAAUUUAAUAAUGUAUGCACUCACUAACUGUAAGUUGCUCUUGAUAAGAGCGUCUGCUAAAUGACUAAAAUGUAAAAUACAGUAUUGAAGUAUUCAGAGUCUAUACCAUGUUGAGUUUAUAUUGAAUCUUAUUGUUGUGCUUCAGGUAUUUGGAGUGUCCGACUAGCCUUCCCUCUGACCAGCCCUCCCAGGGGGCCAGUUCUAUCCCCUCUGAGGAGGCAGGGGGGAUAAAGAAGCCCUCAGCCAACAGGGGGAAGAGGCGCCGACGCAACCCUGAGCUGGACGAAUCACAAUAUGAGACAGAGUACACCACGGGAGGAGAGACUGGCAACGAACUGGACUCACAGCAGUGGGAGAGGUGACACACAUGCAGGAAGGAAGUUGGGCAGGCACACACACACACACGCACACACACACACAUGCACACCAGGGUUUCUGUCGGCUGAAAAGACGAUAAAUAAAACUGUUGUCGGCCAAAAUGAACGGGAGAAAAAACAUCCCAUUGCAAAAUAAUGCUAAUUGAUGGAAAUACCAGUCGAUAUAAAUACAUUUGACCAUCAUGCUUAUCGGUCUAUAGGUUAAUUUGCAUAUUUAAGUGGAAUUAAAUUGGUCUGUGUGUAUUUUCGUUAGUCAUCAUGUAUCUUAUUUAUCCAACAACUAUCACAAGUGCACAGCAUACAGAGCCUAUUUUGAGCUGGAUUUCUCCUGCUGCUCCUGGAGUAAAACGUGCUUUUUUAUAAGCCCAUUCAUUGUGCAACAAUUCGAAAUGCAAUCAUGUGUUAAAAACAGUUCUGAUGCAUGAUUAAAAAGAGCUACUAUUUUUAUUUCUUAACUGGUAAUUGAAGCGUGGCUCCCAUUCACCAUUCAAGUGCAGGCAACAUGCUAUCAGCGUGUCACCCACCACUUUACAAUGUGAGCAGAAGGCAGUACACAUUUUGAAAAAAUACUUAAUUGUUUGAAACCUAAAUGUUUUAUUUCAUAUUAUGAGGCAUGUCUUACCUUGCUUCAAAGUAACCUAUAGGCAAAAUCCAACAUGGAAACAUGGAGGCAAUUAUUUUAUAAAGACUUCAUAGGCGGAGCAUGAGUUUCACGUUUGAGGAAGCUUACAAUUAUCCUACCAUUUCUAGCAUUCUGCGUGCCAGUUAUGAAUUUCAUAUGCUCAUUUAUGUGGAACAGUUUCAUUUCAGGAAUAACAUUAUUGUUUCUCAAAAUCAUUGUCACGUGGUUAAUCAUACAAAUCUGAAUUAAAAUGAUACAAAUCUAAAAGUGAAAAGUCACCAACCUCUGCCAUAUGGAGACAUUGAUAUACCAUGAUCCAUUGGCGGCUAAAGACAUGAGCACAUGGAACUCAUAGCCUAUAGGCCAAUGCAGCAGUAGGCCUAUAACUUCCAUUGCUCUUUCACACCGAGGAUUGGUGAUUAUCGAGGGGGAGGUUGUUGGAACGAUUUUUCAAAUAGCUUAGGGUGAGUAACUAUAGUUUUAAUAUAUUAUCAUUACCAAUGGAUUUAAAAACAAACACUUUCCUACAUUUCCGCACAGCACUCAGGCGCGUGCGCUCCCUCAACAUUAGCAGGACAGAGAAACCAUGCUCAUUGCUCACAUGGAGCACUCCAAACAAGACAAUAAACAUGUUUUUCAAAUCUCGUAAAUGAUGGUUAUGAAAUAAACCAAAACGUGUUUCUCACAAGUGUAGCAGGUUGUGAACUCUGCAAACCACAUUUCCACUCCGAGAAUGAGAACGGUAAAUGACUGUAAUUAAUACAUGCAUUAACAGAAAUUAAUGUAACCAAAUGACGGGGAUUAACUGUACAUUUACUGCUGGUGACAUAUGUAAUGGGGAAUUAAUACAUUUUUAUAAAAGGGCAAACAAUUCACACAAUGAAACAAUGAAUGCGCAAGAAUUGGCGGGAGACAGCUGAGCUAUUCUGGGGAGAGAUUCGCUUACAUCACCACGCACCCCUCCCCUUCAAUGCAAUUUCUCUCCUGUUCUAUUGCUUUUCAUAUCAACUUUCUGUCGUUGUCCAGAAGCCAAAAGCACAAUUCUAGUAAUGCUAGCAACCCAUCCUAGUUGUUGCAUCUUUAGAUUUAGAUUGUCAUCUCUGUCACAUAUGGAACUGCUAUUAGGUGCGCUGUUUAGAAUGGUGUUUUCCCAGGUGCGCUGUUUAGAAUGGGGUUUUCCCGCGAAUGGCAUUUUGGCAAAUGUUUGAAAAUGACAUUUUAUUGGCUGCUACGUUACAUGAGUUGCAUGUUCUGUUAAGGAGCAUUACCAUAAUGUAAAUGUGAUUUCUGUCAUUCUGAGCACCGUGAGUGGACACUGUAAUGGGUUAUGCACCCAAUGCAUUUGGGUCCGUUACAUUUCUCAAAUGGCUGGUAAAUUAAAAUCUUCCCGGUCACGUUGUCCAGCGCCACAGAAACCCUGACGCACACACACACACAGGCAGAAACGUUCACACUCAUUCACACAUACUCACACACACCUGCAACAAUGUCAUGUUAGUGGGAGAGCUGAGACAUACAUGUAUACUCAGAUAGGUAAGCACUCAUACACACACAAAACUAGAGCCAUAUUAGUCUGAGAGGUUACACACAUGGUAGCAGUCUGGGGUCUCCGCUGGCCUUGUUCUGUCCAGUAGAGUAACACAUCUUUCCUGGUAUGCCAUUCCACAUAGCUUUGUAAUUGGAAAUAAUGAGAGAAUUGGGCCAAAGAUUUAAUAUGCGGGGGUCAGUGGUUAGGUUGUUAGUUAGUGAGAUAGCAGCUGUAUUUGGUUUCACCAUGCCUCUUGCUGAGACUGAAAGGGCCCUGGGGACAGGAUUGAGAUCUGGACAUCAUUGUUUGACUGGUGUAAAACAGAAGAUAUGAAGCCCUGGCCUGCUGUACUGUGUAUUACAGGAACACUCAGUUCUUGUAGUGGUCGAGAAGUGGCCAAAAAGAAAGUGAAGCUACUCUGUGAAAUAUGCUGAGUGCAACAUAUAAAUACAGAAAGACAGAAAAUGAUAAAACUAUUGCAUAUAGUAUUACAUAUUAUAGUAGUACAGUGGAGUUUUAUUGAUAAAAUAUGCAGACAUACUGUAUGUUAUAAAAGUAGUGAUAACAUUAUUGCCUUGCAAUAAUAUUUUGCCCCUUGCUCCCCCUCUCUCACUCUCUCCCCCCCUCUCUCUCUCUCUCUGUCUCCCUCCCUCCCUCCCUUCAGCGUCUACCCAGACAUAACGUCAGACGGCCAGCGUCAGGAGUACAAGAGGGAGUUUGACACCGACCUGAGGGAGUACAAACAUCUGUGUGCUGAGAUGGACGACAUCAGUGACCAGAUGAACAAACUCAGCAGGCAGCUGGACACACUGGACGAGACCUCUGCCAAGUACCAAGUGAGAUACCAGAGAUAGAUCAGUGAAGGCUGGUGUCAAUUUAAAUGGGAGGACAGGCUCAUUACUAUGAGCUGUCGUCCCUUUACCAGCCUGCACUGAGAGACAUAUGCUGAACCAUGGAGAAAUACUGUGUAAAUACUGCAAACUAACCUUCUUAUUCUUCAUUUCAGGUUGUGGCAGAGGAACAUAAUCGACUGAAAGACAUUAAGAGGGUGAGCAGACAUUUCAGUUACACUUUCUAUUACACAUGUGUAAUCUAUAUUAUAAUAUGCUAAGGAUUCUAAACUGCGGCAGGAUCUCCUUCUACAAGUUUGUGCAGAUUUGUUUUCUUUCAUUUUAGGCUCAAAAGAAGCAUGUCAUUCUCUCAAAUGGUAUUGCCCACUUUAUAUUUGACAGUGACGAGUACUGAGUAUACGAAGAGGCAGGACGCAGGAAUUAACAAGGUCAAGGUUUACAGAGAUAGAGUACAUGACACGAAGCAAAACAAUCACACACAACAUCCUACAGAACAGUCCAGGGCUAAAUAGGGGUAGUGAUGAGAUGAUGAGGUGCAGGUGCGCUGGAGAUGAUUAGGGUGCAUUGGGUUUCCAUUCCGGUGUUGCCGAGGUGGUGCGCUCCAACUGGUGGCUCAGUAGACCGGCGAAUCAGAGCGCCAGAGGAGAGCAACGGGAGGAGAUGUGACAGUACCACCCCACCCGGAUGCACGGCUCCAGCCGCUGGACGUCGCCGGCCAGGAUGACCCCGAGGAUGAGGAGCGGGCCGUUCAGGGUUGGGGACCAGAACAUCCACAGCCGGAACCCAGCUCCUCUCCUCAGGACCAUACCCUCCCAGUCCACCAGGUAAUAGAGCCGUCCCCCACGGAAUCUGGAGUCCAGCAGAUCCCUCACCGCAUACGCCGGACUCCCGUCAAUGUCCAGGGGCGGAGGAGGCGUACCCCGGGGGACGGCAUCCGCCAGAGGACCAAGAACCAUCGGCCUGAGGAGAGACACAUGAAAAGUGGGUGACAUGGUACUGAGGGGGAAGGAGCAGCUGGUACGAUACCUCAUUUAUCUGCCGGAGGACCUUAAACGGCCCCACAAACCGGGGCCUCAGUUUCUUGCAGGGCAGGCGGAGAGGGAGGUUUUUUGUGGACAGCCAGACACGAUCCCCAGGCUGGAAUACAGGGGCCUCACUGCGGUGGCGGUCGGCUUGGUCCUUCUGCCGACGAAUGGCCAUCUGGAGAUGGACAUGGGCGGCGUCCCAGACCUGUCCGGAACCACUCGUCGACAGCGGGUGCAUCGGUCUGGCUGGGUAUCCAAGGGGCCAGGGCCGGCUGGUAUCCCAGGACACACUGGAAGGCAGUGAGCCCCGUGGAGGAGUGAACAAGGGAGUUCUGGGCAUAUUCUGCCCAGGGAAGAAACCUCGCCCACUCACCCUGCCGGUCAUGACAGUGGCAACGAAGAAACCUCCCCAGCUCCUGGUUCAUGCGCUCCACCUGCCUAUUCGACUGAGGCCUAUACCCGGAAGUGAGGCUGGCCAUGGCCCCGAUCUUCUCCAGAAAAGCCUUCCACACUCGGGAGGUGAAUUGGGGGCCACGGUCCGAGACGAUGUCCUCCGGAAGUCCAUAAUGCCGGAAGACCUGUUGGAACAGGACCUCAGUGACCUGGGGAGCAGAAGGAAGACCAGUUAGUGGCAAAAAACUGCAUGAUUUGGAGAACCGAUCUACGACCACCAUGACUGUUGUGAAGCCGUCAGAACGUGGAAGGUCAGUGACAAAGUCUAUGGACAGGUGUGACCAAGGUCGCUGAGGCACUGGGAGAGGAAAAAGUUUGCCUGCCGGUGCGUUCCAAGGUGUCUUCGUUUGGGCACAUACGGAACAGGAGUUGACAUAGCGGGACACAUCAGAAGCCAAGGUGGGCCACCUGUACUUUUGUGCUAGAGAAUGCAGGGUACGCGUAAUACCGGAGUGCCCUGCCGUAAGUAUUGGGUGCGCCCAGAUCAGCAGGCGGUCCCGGACACUGGUGGGUACAUACACGCACCCCGGAGGGGCGUUGGCAGGCGCCGGGUCCUCCUGAGCCACCAGGCGGAUGUCUUCAUCCACAUCCCAAAUGACAGGCGCAACGAUGAGAGACAAGGGCAGGAUAGGGCCCCCCAGAUCCUUCCUUUCUCCGGUAUGGUGCAUCUUGGAGAGUGCGUAAGCUUUCAAAUUCUGGGAUCCUGGGCGGUUGGACAGAAUGAAUUGAAAUUAAGUAAGAAAUUGGCCCACCUGGCUUGAUGAGAGUUCAUCCGUGUCACUGCCCGUAUGUGCUCCAAAUUCCGGUGGUCAGUAAGAAUCCGGAAUGGAUGGACUGCGCCCUCCAGCCAGUGUCUCCAUUCCUCCAUAGCGAGGACCACCACCAACAGCUCCCUGUCUCCAAACCCAUAGUUCCUCUCUGCGGGGGUAAGUGUUUUUGAGAAAAACAAUUCUGGCUUAGCGUGCCGCUGAGAGAGGACCACACCCACGCCCUCCUACGAUGCGUCCACCUCCCAGGAUGAAAGGACGAGAAGGAUUUGGGUUUUAGGAUGGGCGCUGUGGUGAACCUCUCCUUCAGCCUCUUGAAGCCAUCGUCAUCCUCAGGGUUCCAGGUCAGCUUCUGAGGCCCACCCUUAAGGAGAGAGGUGAGAGGGGCAGCUAUGGAGCUGAAUGACCUGAUGAAAUGCAGGUAGAAAUUGGUGAAGCCCAGGAUGUUCUGUAGGACCUUGAUGGUGGUGGGAACUGGCCAUGACCUGAUGGCGUCCGUCUUUACUCCUUCCAUUAACACCCUCUGAGGACUGAUCCUGUAUCCUAGGAAGGAGAUGGCCUGUUGGUGGAAUUCGCAUUUCUCCCCUUUCACCAUCAGGCUGUGUUCCUGGAGGCAGAGUAGGACAGCUUGGAUGUCCCUGACGUGCUCCUUGAAUGUAGCUGAGUAGAUCAGGAUAUUGUCGAUGUACACCACCACCUGUCUCCUCAGCAUGUCCUGGAACACGUCAUUGACUAAGGACUGGAACACAGAUGGUGCGUUGGCGAGGCUGUAGGGCAUGACACACUAUUCAUAGUGGCCUGAGGUAGUGCUGAAUGCUGUCUUCCACUCGUCUCCUUCCCAGAUUCGGAUCAGGUUGUAGGCACUCCUCAGGUCCAACUUGGUAAAGUACCGGGCCCCCCGUAGCUGCUCGAUGGACGCGCCAGAUAAAGUGAAACCUGUAGAAGGAAGCCUCUACAUUUAGUAGUUUUACCAUCAAAGCGCUCCGGUAGGGUGAGGGUUCCCGCAGAAGUGGGUGAUAGCCCGGGGACAGGUGGAUUGGAGGCACUCGCUGCUCCCUGAGGUAGAACCGGAGCGCUGGGCAGAUUGUGCAGAGUUUGGAGCACUUCCUGCAUGGCGACGUUCAACUGGGCAAGCUGCUGCUGGUGCUGGUCGAGGCAUUGGGAAACUCCUGCUGCAUCCAUUUUCGUUUGGUGUGUGAUUCUGUGACGAGUACUGAGUAUACGAAGAGGCAGGACGCAGACGGAGGAAUUAACAAGGUCAAGGUUUACUCAAACAAUGACAAAGAUAUAGUAUAUGACACGAAGCAAAACAAUCACACACAACAUCCUACAGAACAGUCCAGGGCUAAAUAGGGGUAGUGAUGAGAUGAUGAGGUGCAGGUGCGCUGGAGAUGAUCAAAUCAAAUCAAAUCAAUUUGUAUUGGCACAUGCGCCGAAUACAACAGGUGCAGACAUUACAGUGAAAUGCUUACUUACAGCCCUUAACCAACAGUGCAUUUAUUUUUAAUAAAAAAGUAAAAUAAAACAACAACAAAAAAGUGUUGAGAAAAAAAGAGCAGAAGUAAAAUAAAAUAACAUUAGUGAGGCUAUAUAUACAGGGGGGUACCGGUGCAGAGUCAAUGUGCGGGGGCACCGGCUAGUUGAGGUAGUUGAAGUAAUAUGUACAUGUGGGCAGAGUUAAAGUGACUAUGCAUAAAUAAUUAACAGAGUAGCAGCAGCGUAAAAAGAUGGGGUGGGGGGGCAGUGCAAAUAGUACGGGUAGCCAUGAUUAGCUGUUCAGGAGUGUUAUGGCUUGGGGGUAGAAGCUGUUGAGAAGUCCUUUGGACCUAGACUUGGCACUCCGGUACUGCUUGCCGUGCGGUAGCAGAGAGAACAGUCUAUGACUAGGGUGGCUGGAGUCUUUGACAAUUUUGAGGUCCUUCCUCUGACACCGCCUGGUAUAGAGGUCCUGGAUGGCAGGAAGCUUGGCUCCAGUGAUGUACUGGGCCGUACGCACUACCCUCUGUAGUGCCUUGCAGUCGGAGACCAAGCAGUUGCCAUACCAGGCGGUGAUGCAACCAGUCAGGAUGCUCUCGAUGGUGCAGCUGUAUAACUUUUUGAGGAUCUGAGGACCCAACCCAAAUAUUUUCAGUCUCCUGAGGGGGAAUAGGCUUUGUCGUGCCGUCUUCACGACUGUCUUGGUGUGUUUGGACCAUGAUAGUUUGUUGGUGAUGUGGACACCAAGGAACUUGAAGCUCUCAACCUGUUCCACUACAGCCCCGUCGAUGAGAAAGGGGGCGUGCUCAGUCCUCUUUUUUUUCCUGUAGUCCACAAUCAUCUCCUUUGUCUUGGUCACGUUGAGGGAGAGGUUGUUAUCCUGAAGAAUCCCGGAACAUGUUCCAGUCUGUGCUAGCAAAACAGUCCUGUAGCUUAGCAUCUGCGUCAUCUGACCACUUUUUUAUUAACCGAGUCACUGGUGCUUCCUGCUUUAGUUUUUGCUUAUAAGCAUGAAUCAGGAGGAUUGAGUUAUGGUCAGAUUUGGAGGGCGAGGGAGAGCUUUGUAUGCGUCUCUGUGUGUGGAGUAAAGGUGGUCUAGAGUUUUUUUCCCCUCUGGUUGCACAUUUAACAUGCUGGUAGAAAUUAGGUAGAACGGAUUGAAGUUUCCCUGCAUUAAAGUCCCCGGCCACUAGGAGCGCUGCCUCUGGAUGAGCGUUUUCCUGAUGACUUAUGGCCUUAUACAGCUCAUUCAGUGCAAUCUUAGUGCCAGCAUUGGUUUGUGGUGGUAAAUAGACAGCUAUGAAAAAUAUAGAUGAAAACUCUCUUGGUAAAUAGUGUGGUCUACAGCUUAUCAUAAGAUAGUCUACCUCAGGCGAGCAAAACCUUGAGACUUCCUUAGUAUUUGAUUUUGUGCACCAGCUGUUGUUUACAAAUAUACACAGAUCACCACCCCUUGUCUUACCGGAGUCAGCCGUUCUAUCUUGCCGAAGCAGCCCGCUAGCUGAAUGUUGUCCAUGUCGUCGUUCAGCCACGACUCGGUGAAACAUAAGAUAUUACAGUUUUUAAUGUCCCGUUGGUAGGAUAACCGUAAUCAUAGGUCAUCCAAUUUUUUCUCCAAUGAUUGAAGAUUGGCUAAUAGGAUUGAUGGGAGCGGCAGUUUACUCACUCGCCGUCGGAUCCUUACAAGGCACCCUGACCUACGUCCACGAUAUCUCCGUCUCUUCCUCAUGCGAAUGACGGGGAUUUGGGCCUUGUCGGGUGUCUGUAGGAUAUCCUUCGCGGCCACCAAAAUCUUCGUCCAAUACGAGGUGAGUAAUCGCUGUCCUGAUAUCCAGAAGCUCUUUUUGGUUAUAAGAGACGAUGGCAGAAACAUUAUGUACAAAAUAAAUUACAAAUAAUGCGGAAAAACACACAUAAUAGUACAAUCGGUUAGAGGGCUGUAAAACGGCAGCCAUCUUCUCCGGCGCCAAUUGUGUACAGAUUAGGGUGUUGGGUUUCCAUUCCGGUGUUGCCGAGGUUGUGCGCUCAGACCGGUGGCUCAGUAGACCAGCGAAUCAGAGUGCCGGAGGGGAGCAACGGGAGGAGACGUGACAUCGACAGUGUUUUUUGGGGGGGGAAUGCACCGUUACCAAUGCCAUUAUUAUGAUGUCAUUUCACUCCCAAGGCAAAGCCUAUAAAAGUGCGGGACCAGCCGCUCAGUAGAUAUUACAAUAGUCAUGCCCAGAUGCAGAUGAUCCACUUCUCGCCCAGUCCGCUGGAGGCGUCGAGCCACUCGAACCGUGAGGCGCAAGAGGAGAUUUGGCAGGAGGAGACGUUAGGUCCCAUACUAUCCACCAGCUCCCUGUUACGUAGGCUAAGUGUCCUUUGGGCUGCAAAGCUCACUGGACAAAAGUCGUCUAAAUAAAAAUGAGGGCUUUUAGCCAUCUUUGACGACUUUCUCUUUUUAUUAUUUGAUGGAUAUUUGUUUUAUUAUGAGAUGGUAAUACCGUUUUUUUGUUUGAAAUGGUACCCUUACUACGGGAGAUGAUACUGACAUAGAGCAUUUGAUGUAAGCGUUUGUAGCCCCAUUUUUUAUCUGUAGAAUGACUAGGUCUAUAUUACCCAUAACGCUCAUUGACUGGACAUUCCAAAUGACCAUGGCAAUUAUGCAUAAAAAUAGUAAUAUUCAUUUUGCAACAUGCAGUAAUCCAUGGUACAGUAUCAACCCCGCUGCUGCGCUUGUAGUCUAUGGCGGUACGUAAAAUCUUCAACAGCAACUCACGAUGACCACUUGCCCUCUUUUCCCCAACUCUUAAACGUACCCUCAAAUCCGUUCAAAUAAUGCUGUCAAAUUAAGCAAGUUAUAUAAUGAGUCAAAUAAGCACAAGGCCUAAAACAUAGGCAACAAACGUGAGCUAGUAGCAGUGUUAAUUUUGGCACUCUUUUUUAGAUUUAAUGUAGUCUUGGCAAGUCGGUUAGGAGAUCUACUUUGUGCAUGACACAAGUCAUUUUUCCAACAAUCGUUUACAGACAGAUUAUUUCACUGUAUCACAAUUCCAGUGGGUCAGAAGUUUACAUACACUAAGUUGACUGUGCCUUUAAACAGCUUGGAAAAUUCCAGAAAAUGAUGUCAUGGCUUUAGAAUCUUCUGAUAGGCUUAUUCUUGGGAGCAAUUACCAAACGCCUGAAGGUACCACGUUCAUCUGUACAAACAAUAGUACGCAAGUAUAAACACCAUGGGACCACGCAGCCAUCAUACCGCUCAGGAAGGAGACGCGUUCUGUCUCCUAGAGAUUAACAUACUUGGUGCAAAAAGUGCAAAUCAAUCCCAUAACAACAGCAAAGGACCUUGUGAAGAUGCUGGAGGAAACAUGUACAAAUGUAUCUAUAUCCACAGUAAAACGAGUCCUAUAUCAACAUAACCUGAAAGGCCGCUCAGCAAGGAAGAAGCCACUGCUCCAAAACCGCCAUAAAAAAGCCAGACUACGGUUUGCAACUGCACAUGUGGACAAAGAUCGUACUUUUUGGAGAAAUGUCCUCUGGUCUGAUGAAUCAAAAAUAGAACUGUUUGGCCAUAAUGACCAUCGUUAUGUUUGGAGGAAAAAGGGGGUGCUUGCAAGCCGAAGAACACCAUCCCAACUGUGAAGCACGGGGGUGGCAGCAUCAAGCUGUGGGGGUGCUUUGCUGCAGGAGUGACUGGUGCACUUCACAAAAUAGAUGGCAUCAUGAGGAACGAAAAUUAUGUGGAUAUAUUGAAGCAACAUCUCAAGACAUCAGUCAGGAAGUUAAAGCUUGGUCGCAAAUGGGUCUUCCAAAUGGACAAUGACCCCAAGCAUACUUCCAAAGUUGUGGCAAAAUGUCUUAAGGACAACAAAGUCAAGGUAUUGGAGUGGCCAUCACAAAGCCCUGACCUCAAUCCUAUAGAAAAUGUGACAGCAGAGGCUUCUUCCUAGUAACCCUCCCAUGAAUGGCAUUUCGAUUCAGUGUUCUUCUUAUUGUUGAAGCAUGCACAGUUACCUGAUAUGCAGCAAGGGAGGUCUGCAAAUCUCUAGAUGUUAUGUUUGGGUUGGCUUUCACCUGAUUUAUUAUUGUUCUUGUGGCUCUUGGAGAUAUUUUGGAAGGGCUUCCACUUCUAGGCCGAGUUGCUGUCAUGUUAAAUGCUCUCCAUUUGUAAAUUAUUUGCCUCACGGUGGACAGAUGGAGCUCAAAUCUUUUUGAGAUGAUUUGAUAGCCUUCCCUAGACUGAUGUGCUCUCAUUACCCUGUCCUCUGAUAUCUCCUUUUCUCCCGGCAUGGUGUGCUUUGCAUUCACCUGGAUGGGUAACGCCAAACUGACCAGGUUUCUUAUCUCUAUUUAUCAGAGUCCCGCCCAAACUCUUUCCUAAUGAUCUCUCCUUUGAUUGUUUUAUUUGGUAGCUAAUUAUUUACCCACCUGAUUCUACUUACCUCCUUGAUUUAACCAAUGCAACUUGGGGUUCACUUAUUUUUGCACCUGCACUAAUUCCAUUUUUAUUUUGUUUUUCUACUACAUGCAUGAUUUCCUCUACACCAACAAAUGGUAUUGGUAAAUAUAAACAUGUUAUGUCAGAUCAAAAGGACUUGUUCUGAUUAAAGGAAGAUUUCAUGGUAAAAACUGAAAAAAUCUGUAAUUGCACAAGGGGUUCACAUACUUUCAAGCAGCACUGUAUAUAUAUACCUGUCUUUCAAAGAUAAUUCGUAAAAAUCAAAAUAACUUCACAGAUCUCCAUUGUAAAGGGUUUAAACACUGUUUCCCAUGCUUGUUCAAUGAACCAUAAACAAUUAAUGAACAUGCACCUGUGGAAUGGUCGUUAAGACACUAACAGCUUACAGACGGUGGGCAAUUAAGGUCACAGUUAUGAAAACAUGGAGGGUCCAUCAUAUAAUAAUAUAAUAUGCCAUUUAGCAGACGCUUUUAUCCAAAGCGACUUACAGUCAUGCGUGCAUACAUUUUUGUGUAUGGGUGGUCCCGGGGAUCAAACCCACUACCCUGGCGUUACAAGCGCCGUGCUCUACCAGCUGAGCUACAAGAGGACCACAUGGGGCGGUCUGGGGCGGUGUGUCUUAGCAUCAUCGGACUGAGCUUGUUAUCAUUACAGGCAAUCUCAACGCUGUGCGUUACAGGGAAGACAUCCUCCUCCCUCAUGUGAUACCCUUCCUGCAGGCUCAUCCUGACAUGACCCUCCAGUAUGACAAUGCCACCAGCCAUACUGCUCGUUCUGUGCGUGAUUUCCUGCAAGACAGGAAUGUCAGUGUUCUGCCAUGGCCAGCGAAGAGCCCUGAUCUCAAUUCCAUUGAGCACGUCUGGGACCUGUUGGAUCGGAGGGUGAGGGCUAGGGUCAGUCCCCCCAGAAAUGUCCAGGAACUUGCAGGUGCCUUGGUGGAAGAGUGGGGUAACAUCUCACAGCAAGAACUGGCACAUCUGGUGCAGUCCAUGAGGAGGAGAUGCACUGCAGUACUUAAUGCAGCUGGUGGCCAAACCAGAUACUGACUGUUACUUUUGAUAUUCAUAAAAAUAUUUACACGUUAAGUUUGCUGAAAAUAAAUGCAGUUGACAGUGAGAGGACGUUUAUUUUUUUUGCUGAGCUUAUAUAUACAUAUAUAUAUAUAUAUAUAUAUAUAUAUAUAUAUAUAUAUAUAUAUACAGUGCAUUCGGAAAGUAUUCAGACCUCUUUACUUUUUCCACAUUUUGAUACGUUACAACCUUAUUCUAAAAUGUGAUAAAAUGUUUGUUUUUUCCUCAACAAUCUACACACAAUACCCCAUAAUGACAAAGCAAAAACAGGUUUUUAGACAUUUUUGCAUAUUUAUUAAACAUCAAAAACGGAAAUAUCACAUUUACAUACUGUAAGUAUUCAGACUUAUGAUUCGAUGAUGUAAUCGUUGCCAAAGGUGCUUCAACAAAGUACUGAGUAAAGGGUCUGAAUACUUACGUAAAUGUGAUAUUUCAUUUCAUUAUUUUAAUUUAAUUUUUUUUACCUGUUUUUACUUUGUCAUUAUGGGGUAUUGUGAGGGGGAAAAACCCAAUUUCAACAAUUUUUGAAAAAAAGCUGUAACGUAACAAAAUGUGGAAAAAGUCAAAGUGUCUGAAUACUUUCUGAAUACCAAGGCAAAGGGUGGCUACUUUAAAGAAUCUCAAAUAUAAAAUAUAUUUUGAUUUAUUUAACACUUUUUUGGUUACUACAUGAAUCCAUAUGUUUUAUUUCAUAGUUUUGAUGUCUUCACUAUUAUUCUACAAUGUAGAAAAUAGUAAAAAUAAAGAAAAACCCUUGAAUGAGUGUCCAAACUUUUGACUGGUACUGUAUUUAUAUCUAUAUCUAUAUCUAUAUCUAUAUCUAUAUAUAAUAUUUGUUUUAUGCCAAGCUCAUGAGGCCCCUUGAUGAUGUGAGGCCUGAGGCAAUUGCCUCUUCUACCUAAUGGUAAGUCAGCCAGUGUUGAUGGAGAGAAGGGGAGGAAGUGAAAAAUGCAUUCUUAUUGUACAACAUUUAAAAAUGCAAUUGCGCAAAAAAAACUGGAGACUGUUGUUGUUUUUGUUUUGGGUUUUCCCUUCCCCAGUGAUUAGUCCCAAGUGAAUUAGCAUAUAUGAUAUUUUUACACAACAAGAUGUAAGCAAAUUAAUUUCUAUUGAAAAAAAUAAAUCUGUAACUAUGGAGCCCUAUUUUUGCAUUAAAAUAAUAGCAAUAAAAGCCUAAUUGUCAACCCAAAUUUCCUGCCUCACUGGUUUAGGUGUUGCACAUCAAAACACACUACAUUGACAAAAGUAUGUGUAUACCUGCUCGUCGAACAUUUAAUUCCAAAAUCAUGGCCAUUAAAAUGGAGUUCGUCCCCGCUUUGCUGCCAAAACAGCCUCACUCUUCUGGGAAGGCUUUCCACUAGAUGUUGGAACAUUGCUGCGGGGACUUGCAUCCAUUCAACCACAAGAGCAUUAGUGAGGUCGGGCACUUAUGUUGGGCGAUUAGGCCUGGCUCGCAGUCGGCAUUCCAAUUAAUCCCAAAGGUAUUUGAUGGGGUUGAGGUCAGGGCUCUGUGCAGGCUGGUCAAUUUCUUACACACCGAUCUCGACAAACAAUUUCUGUAUGGACUUCACUUUGUGCACGGGGGCAUUGUCAUGCUGAAACAGGAAAGGGCCUUCCCCAAACUGUUGCCACAAAAUUGGAAACACAGAAUCGUCUAGAAUGUCAUUGUAGCAUUAAGAUUUCCCUUCAAUGGAACUAAGGGGCCUAGCCCAAACCAUGAAAAACAGUCCCAGACCAUUAUUCCUCCUCCACCAAACUUUACAGUUGGCACUAUGCAUUCUGGCAGGUAGUGUUCUCCUGGCAUCCGCCAAAUCCAGAUUCUUCCAUCGAACUGCCAGAUGGUGAAGCGUGAUUCAUCACUCCAGAGAACGCGUUUUCACUGCUCCAGAGUCCAAUGGCGGCGAGCUUUACACCACUCCAGUCGACGCUUGGCAUUGCUCAUGGUUAUCUAAGGCUUGUGUGUGGCUGCUCAGCUAUGGAAACCCAUUUCAUGAAGCUCCCGAAGAACAGUUAAUGUGCUGACGUUGCUUCCAGAGGCAGUUUGGAACUCUGUAGUGAGUGUUGCAACCGAGGACAGACCAUUUUUACACGCUACGCUCUUCAGCACUGUGAAUUACUUUACACUCUUAGAAAAAAAGGUGCUAUCUAGAACGUUAAAGGGUUCUUAGUUUGUCCCCAAAGGAGAACCCUUUAAGGAACCCAUUUUGGUUCCAGGUGGAACCCUUUUCGAACCAAAAAGGGUUCCACCUGGAACAAAACAGGGUUAUCUCAUGGGGACAAACGAAGAACCCUUUUGGAACCCUUUUUUCUAAGAGUGUAUAACAUUAUUACUAAUUUUUUCUAUUGUGUGAUGCUGAGACAAAAUGUUGGUGCCACCAAAUCAUGGGCUGUUGCCAUCAACUGAAUGUUAAUGGCACCAGUGCCACCAGGGGAAAAAGUUAGUCUGCAUCCCUCAUACACUGUUUUUAAUGGAUACAUGGGUUCAUGGUCGGCCAAUCACAACAUUGAAUAAAAAAUAUAAAAAAUACCAUGAUCAUACAGGAAAUAGGCCUAUGGGAGUUUUUUAAACGCUCCGGAAUUGAUCAUAUUGGUAUAUCCAGAGAACAAAAAGCUGAACAGAUAAACAAAUGUUUUAUUUGCAGGAGGGUAGAAUUGCAUUGAAUCAAAUUAUUAGUUUCCAAUAAUGUACCGCUAGUACAUUAUAAAGCAUUACCUCUAUCACCCCAUAAUGGAACAUAGACGAUUAAAAAAUAACUGUUUUCUCUCUCCUCCUCAGACACCAGAUUACCAGGCUAAGAAGCUGGAGUGUCGCAGGCUGAGACACAAACUGUUCCAAAUCAAACGCAUGGUGAAGGCUUACGACAAGGGCCACUCAUAA